AUCUUCAUUCCUAUCUCUCCUCCAUUACUCCAAACGCGCCCUUUCUCCUUCGUCUCAUUUGCCCUCUGAUUGCGUUCUUCCAUUUUUCGGUUUGAGAUCUGCUCUGAAGAUCGCGAAGAAUCCGCUUCCUUUGAUUUAGGACAUCAGCUUUGAAGAUUCUGAUUAUAAUAAAGGGAGAGAGUUUGAUUUUCUUGGCGAAAGAUUCUCAAUCGGAACUCGGUUUUCUUUGGAUCAGUUGAAUUUUUAAUUUGAAAUGGUUUUCCUAUGUGAAAUUUCAUCAUCAGAUGACGAAGAAGGAAUUGGUGAAAAGGAGAGAUAGCAGUAAAAGAAGCUGCGAAAUUAGGCGGAGGGAGAAGGAAAUUCUUUAAUAUCUGCUUAUCUGCCUUUGCUUCUGUUGGGAUUUGGAACGCUGUUUUGAUGUCAUAAUUUCAGAUUCCGUUUGCAGAAUCGAGAUGUCUGCAACCGUGCUCAGCGAUACAAUCCUAGAACCUCAAACAGCAUCGACGAAGCUAAUCGCUCACAUGGAGGCGGAGUUCGUCAGAUGCGAUUGUUGCGGACUUAAAGAAGAGUGUACACCAGCAUACAUAGAACGCGUUCGUGAGCGUUACAGUGGAAAUUGGAUCUGCGGGCUCUGUUCCGAGGCAAUCAACUACGAAAUCCUCCGUUCCGAUAGCUUAAUCACCGCGGAGGAGGCCAUGGAAAAUCACAUGAAGCUGUGCAAGAAAUUCACGGCGUUGAAACCACCUCCAAAUCCGACGGUGCAUUUGAUUACGGCGAUGCGACAGAUUCUGAAGCGGAGCUUAGAUUCUCCCUCAUCACGGGCUCUGAGGUCGAUGCCUACAAGUCCGACGAAGAAAGGGUCACGGCCGCCGGCGCUCACUCGGACAGGAAGCUGUUUUUCGUCCAUCUCUGGUUCGUGAAUCAUCAAAGGUACAGGAUUCCAAGGACCACCUCCAACCAAAACUCAAUCAAAAUCAAUAUAUUGGGGGAUCCAAUAAUACUUUAUAUUCCAGAAAAAUAAACUUAAUCAUUAGGCUAAAUUAUACCCUACACUUCAUCUAUGCUGGUUUUUUUAUUCUUGUCAUAAUUGGCAAAAUUCGAACCAUUUCGUUGUGUAAUUUAGCUUUUAUAUUAAUUGAAGUUGGGUUUUUCUGUGCACUAA